AUGUUGGUUAUUGCUUUGUUUGAUCAUGCAGCACACUUACUUGGGUUACCUUAUCCACCAGCGUAUUUGAGUCUGUCAGAGGCAACGAAAAGAAUUACAACCACUGGUAUCAACUAUGCCUCUGGUGCAUCAGGGAUUCUUCCCCAAACUGGAACCAGGGGAGACAUCUUAACUCUAGAUGAACAAAUCAACUACUUCAAAAGCACAGUGACAAAUGAUUUGCCUAGGAGUUACAGCACCCCAAAAAUCCUCUCGGAUACCUUGGCAAGGUCUAUCUUUGUUAUUUCCACAGGUGGUAAUGACUAUCUCAACAACUAUCUACAACCCCAUCAGUUCUCCAACAGUAGCCAAACUUAUACUCCUCGGAAAUUUGCUAAUCUCUUAUUAGACACUUUCGAACAACAAGUGACGACUAUAUACAAAUUAGGAGGGAGAAAAUUCGUAGUAUUUGGUAUCGGUCCAAUGGGAUGUUUACCAAUUGUGAUAUCGAGGGCUGAUCCAAAGCCGAAAACUCUAUGUGUAGAGGGUGUUAACAAUACGGUUAAUAUUUAUAACAAUGGACUUCUGGCUAUCUUAGAACGACUUGCUUCCCGAUUACAAGGCUCUACUUUUGUGCAAGCCGAUCUUUUUACACGAAUUCAUGCUAAGAUUCAAGAUCCUGUUAAAUUUGGAUAUGCGGAUGGGAGAACACCGUGCUGCAAAUUUGGUGCGUCGGGAAUGUGUAUACCUGGACAAAAACCAUGCAGUGAUAGAUAUAAUCGUCUAUUCUAUGAUGCAAUUCAUCCAGUUCAGCUAGUGAACUACCGAUUCGCGAGAGACUGUUUCUUCCGCAACUCAACAUUGUGCACCCCGAUCAACAUUCAACAAUUAGCACUGUAG